AUGAAAAUACAUUUAUCAUCUGAUGAAGUAAAUUUAUUGGUAUAUCGAUAUUUAGUAGAAAACGGAUUUGUACAUACUUCUUUUUCUUUUUUCAAUGAAGCAAAUAUUUGUAAGAAUCCAUAUUACAUGAGUCAUGGAGAUAAAUUACCUAGUGGUGCUUUAGUUUCCUUUUUACAAAAAGCAUUGAUAUUUAUUUAUAUAGAAUAUCAUACCGAUCAUAAUGAUGGUAAGAAAAUAGUAUGUGAAGAACCAUUUUCCUUUUUUCGAAGACAUGAUUGUUGGAAUAAUGAAUAUAAUUGUUUACAUCAACAAGAAAGAAAAAAGAAAAAAGAAAGAGAAGGAGAUGAUGAAAAUAUUAAUGAUGAUAUGAAUGAAAAAAUGGAUGAUAUGAUGGAUGAAAAAAGGGAUGAUAAAAAGUAUGACCGCAUGAAUGAUACUGUAAAUAAUAACCAUGCAAAUAAUAAUAUAAAUGAUUAUAACAAAAAUGUUAUGUUAAAUAAUGAUAGUCAUAAUAAUAAUGAUAGUCAUAAUAAUAAUGAUAAUCAUAAUAAUGAUAGUCAUAAUAAUAAUGAACAGGAUGGUAAUGUGUUAAAACGACAUACACCACUAAGUAAUGUAAACGAUUGUAAAAUAGAAACUUUUAAUAAAAAUACUGAUGAUGAUCUUAAUAAUAAUAAUAAUGAUAAGUCGUCCACUGAUCAUUUUAAUAUCAUGAAUACAAAUGAUACAAGUUUUGAUAAUAAAGAAGAAAAUAAAGUUUUAAAAAAUAAAAAUAAUAUUUAUAGAAAUAGCUUUUCGAAUUUCGCCACAUUUAAUUAUAAUGAUAGUAAUUUAUCCUUUAAGGAUAUCAAAAGAAACUAUGCAAGUAUUUUUGCUCAAGUCAAAACUCCAAGAAGAAAUGCUUCAAAUAAUAAAAAGAAAAAAAUAAAUAAUAAAAGUAAAGAUGAUGUUAUAGAAAGUAAAGCAAACACGGAAAAUACAAAUAAUGAUGAUAAUAAUGAUGAUGAUAAUAAUAAAAACAAUAAUAAUAAUAAUAAUAAUAAUAAUGAAAAUUAUUGUGAUGUAAAAAAGGAAGAACCAAAUUUCUCUUCAAAGAAAAGAAAAAAAUGCGGUAGCUUAAAAACAGCCAACAUAAAAGGUUCACAAAAUAAAACUACUGAUGGUAAUAAUAACAAUAUUAAUAAUAGUAAUAGUAGUAGUUGUUGUAGUAAUAAUAAUAAUGAAUCAGAUAUAAAAAAUAUUCAUGUUAAUAAAAAUAAAAAUCAACAAGAUAAUUAUAUCAAGGAUUUAAAACAAUUAAAUAAUGAAGAUGAUAAUAAUAAUAAUAAUAAUAAUAAUAAUAAUAAUAAUAAUAAUAAUAUUGAAGGUAAUGAAUCCUUUCAAAAUCGUGAGGAGGAAAAUUGUGAUAUAUCUUUAAAUAAAGAAAAUAAUACAAACAUAAAUAAUAUAAGUAGUAAUUGUAGUAGUACAACCUAUAGUGGUAGCGCUACUAGUCAUAAAAGGAAAAAAAAGAAAAAAAAGAAAAAGAAAGAACAAACAAAUGAAGGCAAGAAAAGUGUGAAGGGUAUAAACAAAAAGGACAAAAAAAGGAAUUCCAAGGUUGAGAGCAAAAAGGAACAAGCAUUUGUAAAAAGUGUGGCUGAUAAGAAGAAUAAUAAGGAUGAGGAGGAUAUGGAUUUAUCAGAGAAACAAAUAUUACAUAAUGAUGAUAAUAAAUUAAAUAGUGAUGAUAAUAAAUUAAAUAGUGAUGAUAAUAAAUUAAAUAGUGAUGAUAAUAAAUUAAAUAGUGAUGACAAUAAAUUAUAUAGUGAUGACAAUAAAUUAAAUAGUGAUGACAAUAAAUUAUAUAGUGAUGACAAUAAAUUAUAUAGUGAUGACAAUAAAUUAUAUAGUGAUGACAAUAAAUUAUAUAGUGAUGAUAAUAUUAGUAAUAAUUUAAUAAAUGAUAACAUUUCUACUGCUAAGAGUAAAGAACAAAUUAAAGCACCCAUAAUUAAUACAUAUGAUGAUAUUAAUAAUAAUAGUAAUAGCACGAAUGGAAAUAUGAACGAAGAAAUAUGUGCACAUUUAAAAGAACAUAGUCAUUCGAUUUCCUACAUAAGUUCAUUAGAAAAUAGUCCAGAUAAAUUGAAGGGACAAAAACAAAAUGAUACAAAUGAAGUAAAAUAUAAUUCGUUAGAUAAAAAUAAUAAAGAUAAAGAAAUUAAUAACGUGGAAAGUGAAAAUUGUUGGUUAUCCAAGGUUGCAUCUUAUAUAUUGCCUUCAGCAAAAAAGAAUAAUGAAUCGAUUAAAAAGGAUGAAGGGGAUAUUCCUAAAGAAGAUGGAAAAAAUGAUAAUAACAUAAAUAAUAACAACAAUGAUGAUAACAUUAGUAGUAGUCGUAGUAGUAGUCGUAGUAGCGGUCGUAGUAGUAGUCGUAGUUGUGGUCGUAGUAGUAGUCGUCGUAGUAAUAAUAAUGUGAGUGAUAUUCAUGUGGAUGAUUAUAUUAAGAAUGAUUUUAAUAUGAAUGUCUCUAAAAUAUUGAGUAACGAAAUAAAUUACAACGAAUUUGGAGAUAACAUAUGUAAUUUACAUAAUAAGGAAUCAGAUAGUGUGUAUGAUAAGGAGGUUGAAAAAUAUGGAUAUAAUCAUGAUACUUUGAAGGAAGAGAAACUUGUCGAUUGUUAUAUGAAUAGUAAUAUGGAAGAAGAACAUUUAUUAAAAGAAAGAGAAAGAAAAGAUAGUGAUGUUACUAGUUUUAAUAAUGAGAGUUAUAUUAGUAAUAAUACAUAUGAACCCUUUAAAAGUGAUUAUACUGAAGAUAAAAAUUAUGAUAAAUGCUACAAAUAUUAUAAAGAUGAUACACAUAAUAUCAGGAAUAAAGAUCCUAAUAUAUUUGGUAAGGAUAUAGAAUUUUUUACAAAUAAAAAUGUUUCAUAUACUCAAAACAAUGUAGAAGAUAGUUGUUAUGAAUAUAAUGAAAAAGAAAAGCCUAUAUUUUUGAAGAAUUGUAAAGACAAAACAAGUGAUAAUAAGUUUAAUAAUGAUAUUGUCCAUAUGGAAAAAAAAAAAAAAAAAACAUUAUUUUAA